AUGGGCGUUCCUCCCCGCACCAUCUCUUCGUCGGCGGUCCGCAAGGGACAUCGUGGCGCGGCUCAUGCCCUGCUGGUGCUGUUCUACUUUCUGCAUUCGAUUGCUAAUGCUACUGAUGUGGCUGCUGACUUUGAGCUGCCGGUCCCGGAUGCACUUGCCGCCUUUCUCCAGUCGCCGGCAGCUGUUGAGAGCCUUGUUCGCGGCGGUGCGAUCGCUGCGAGCUCGGGCAAGGGCAAUCCGCAAGACAAGCCGCAGGCCAAGGCCAAGGCCAAGGUCAAGGCCAAGGUCAAGGCCAAGGCCGCAACCAUCGCCCCGCGCGCGCGUCGCUCUGCGCCGGCGCCGUCGCCAAUCAAGCGCGUCGCUUCGCCGGUUGUGGCUGCGCGCCCACCGACAAGCCAGCGGCAGAGCUCGCGCCGGCAAGCUGAGGCGCCUGCUUCAGCUGGCACAUCUAUGCCAACGCCGGCUCCUGCUAGUGUGCCGGCGCCGGCACCCGCUGCAAGUCCGGCGCCACCUGCCGCGCAAGACGUUGUGUGGCGUAAUACCGAGCACAAGGUCAAGGGAGAGCUGGUGGUCAAGAAGAUGCGGUUUGCAAUCGAUUCACUUCAGCGUCAGCUUGCGGCGGUUGUGGCCGAGAAGGAUGCUCUUGCGGCUCGGUUUACUGACCAGGUCUCGGAGCUCAAGCGCCGGUACGAGAACGAGCUGCUUCUGCAGCGCGCUGCGCUCAACAACGAGGUGGCAGUGUGCAAGCUCGCCGAUGUCUCGCGCGACAUGGCUUCUAGCGCCUCGCACGAGGCCCUGCUCCAUGCGCUCGCCUCCAAGCUCGCCGACGAGUCCACUCGCUACGGAGGCACUUGCGAUGCGGUUGCCCUUGCCUCCGAGGUUGUUGUCCUUCGCCAGGCACUCGCUGCCUCUGAGGAAGCCCGGAAUCAGGCCGCCGUCAACAACCGCGAGCUGCAGGCUGCACUCGAGACGGCGCACGCGCUCGUCGCCCAAGAGUCUGAAAACGCGCUGGCAAUUCACCUCGACUACGCUCGCCAGGACGCGAGCAUUGUCGUCGAGGUCGACGCGCUCGUUGCCGAUACCGAUGCUGCCGGCGAUGCUCCGGCCCGCGGCCUGACUGCCCGCGAGCGCGCGCUUGUUGCCCGCAUCCGCGAGCUCGAGUUUUCCGCUGCGCAGUCGGCGGCGCAGGCCGCGCGCUCGACCGAGGAGCUCAAGGCGCAGCUACUCGAGGCCAAGGCUGCAGGCGUAGCCGAGGAAGCGUUUGGCAAGAAUCUGACCGAGCUCGAGGCUGAACUUGUUGCCGAGCAUGAGACCGUCGCGCUUCGCGAGCAAGUUGCUGCACUCCGCAAGGCCAACGCGUUUCUGCGCGGAGCAGCCGACGCCGCGUGUCCCAGCGACACGCUUGACGACCCUGAGCAGAGCGAGCGUCGUAACGGCGCGCUCCUCUCGGCGCUUCAGGACCUGACCCGCGUCUUCCCGGCUGACGAUCCGGUGGCACAGGAGGUCUCUUCAGUUCUCUUCUCCCACUUUUGGGCCCUGGUGUGCGAGGCACGGCUCGCGUCGCGGCGUGCAGCGCGGACGGCAACGAAUUGCGCGACUGCGCGUGCCCGGGUCGGCGAGCUCGAAUCUCAGCUGGGCGAGGUACAGUCGUCGUUUGCUCGCGAGCUUGCCACCGCCCUCGAGGCCGCGCGAGCCGAGGCCAAUGCUGACCACGCUGCAGCAGCUGCCGAGCGUUCGCAGCUGGCUGCCCAGCUUCAAGUCGCGCUGGCGUCGCUCGAGCAGGCCAAGGCCGAGGCCGAGGCGCUGCAGUCCGAGGCCGCCUCCGCCCGCGCAUCAGCCCUUGCCGACGACGCCGCCCGCUUCUCCGCCCUCCACGCCAAGUUUACCAAGCUCCGCGCCGAGGCCAAGCGACUGCAGCUCCGCGAGCAGGUGUGGAAGGAGCUUUGCGACCAAUUGCAGUCAAUGACCCAGGAACUGAGCGGCUCGUCGUCGCUGGACGCGACCAAGGCCCGCGAGCUGGCGUCACUCGAGGCCGGCGUGGUUGCCGCCAUCGAGCAGCUCAACAAGCUCGCCCGUCCGGCAGACGCCGCCGGCGCCACGGACCAUCUCGAGACCGACGUGGCAAUCGACUCGGCCCUUGCGCUCGCUCGCGCCCAGAUCGAGCAGCUUACCGAGACGCUGGCCGCCGUCCGGAGCCAGGUCCACGAGCUUCAGGCCGCACAGGCCAGCAGCGAGGCCAAUGAGGCUGCGGCCGUCGCUGCAGCCGGCGACGCUGCCACCAAGAUCGCGCUGCUCAAUGCCCAGCUCGCUGACCUCACCGCAGCCAACGAGGCACUCGCGACCCGCGCCGCUGAGGCCGACGAGUCGGCCCGCGCCACCACCGCCCACCUCCAGGCACAGGUUGCCGACCUCACCUCUGCGCUCGCUGACGAGCGUUCGCUCUGGACGUCGACAACCGAUCGUCCGCCGCUGCCGGAGGAGGGUGCUCCUGCCACCGAUGCGGAGCCCGGCGCUAGCGCCGUGGAUGCCAUCGUUGCCCGCCUCCGCGCGCUCUUGCCGGCGCCGCCGGCCGCCAGCCGUCCUGAUCCGCAACCCGCGAGCGCCUUCCCGCCCAUUCUCGAGUAGCAUCUAGAAGCAGCAGUUGCAGUCAAAGGGACAGUCAUCGG